CUGCAGAGCUGGGCGCCGGAACGGAACCGGGCUUGCUUUCCUUCCCGGAAUGUGAGGGUCUGGGCUCGGCCGUGCUCUGCGUUCGUCCCGGUCUUCCCGGUAUCCAGCCGCCGCCGCCCCCGCCGUCUGCCUUCAGAUCGCGUGCGCACGCGGAGGCCGGGCGGCCGGAUCCGUGAAGCGCGCGUCCGCGUGGUCGCCGCCCCUCGGAAGCCUCCGGGGCCGCACACGGGUUCGCUACGGAGGGAGGCGGGGGCCUGCGGGAGGAGGCGGAGGAGGAGCGAGGGAAGAUGGCGGCCGUGGAGCUCGAGUGGAUCCCCGAGACGCUCUACAACACCGCCAUCUCCGCUGUCGUGGACAACUACAUCCGCUCGCGUCGCGACAUCCGCUCCUUGCCGGAGAAUAUCCAGUUCGACGUUUACUACAAGCUUUACCAACAGGGACGCUUAUGUCAACUGGGCAGUGAAUUCUGUGAAUUGGAAGUUUUUGCUAAAGUCUUGAGAGCUUUGGAUAAAAGACAUUUGCUCCAUCAUUGUUUUCAGGCUUUGAUGGAUCAUGGUGUUAAAGUUGCUUCUGUCUUGGCCUACUCAUUCAGUAGACGGUGCUCUUACAUAGCAGAAUCAGAUGCUGCAGUAAAGGAGAAGGCCAUCCAAGUUGGCUUUGUAUUAGGUGGCUUUCUUUCCGAUGCGGGCUGGUACAGUGAUGCUGAGAAGGUUUUUCUCUCUUGUCUUCAGUUGUGUACUCUGCAUGACGAGAUGCUUCACUGGUUUCGAGCAGUAGAGUGUUGUGUGAGAUUGCUCCACGUUCGAAAUGGAAAUUGCAAAUAUCAUUUAGGUGAAGAAACAUUUAAGUUAGCUCAGACAUACAUGGAUAAGUUAUCAAAACAUGGCCAGCAAGCAAACAGAGCUGCUCUCUAUGGAGAACUAUGUGCACUCCUUUUUGCAAAAAGCCACUAUGAUGAGGCUUAUAAAUGGUGCGUUGAGGCGAUGAAGGAAAUUACAUCAGGCUUACCAGUCAAAGUUGUGGUGGAUGUUUUAAGACAAGCUUCUAAGGCCUGUGUAGUAAAACGUGAAUUUAAGAAGGCAGAACAGUUAAUUAAACAUGCAGUGUACUUGGCACGAGAUCAUUUUGGAUCCAAACACCCAAAAUACUCUGACACGCUGCUAGAUUAUGGGUUCUACUUACUCAAUGUAGAUAAUAUCUGUCAGUCUGUUGCAAUUUAUCAGGCAGCCCUUGACAUUCGACAGUCAGUGUUUGGAGGCAAAAAUAUUCAUGUAGCAACAGCUCAUGAAGAUCUGGCUUACUCUUCCUACGUUCAUCAGUACAGCUCUGGGAAAUUUGACAAUGCACUAUUUCAUGCAGAAAGAGCCAUUGGUAUCAUUACCCACAUUCUACCUGAAGAUCAUCUUCUUUUGGCUUCUUCAAAGAGGGUGAAAGCACUUAUUUUGGAGGAGAUUGCAAUUGACUGUCAUAACAAAGAGACGGAACAGAGGCUGCUUCAAGAAGCACAUGACUUGCACUUGUCUUCACUGCAGCUAGCUAAGAAAGCUUUCGGAGAAUUUAAUGUGCAGACUGCAAAACACUAUGGUAACCUUGGAAGACUCUAUCAGUCAAUGAGAAAAUUUAAGGAAGCUGAAGAAAUGCAUAUAAAAGCAAUUCAGAUUAAAGAGCAGCUUCUUGGUCAAGAAGAUUAUGAAGUAGCCCUUUCGGUGGGACAUUUGGCAUCUUUAUAUAAUUAUGACAUGAAUCAAUAUGAAAAUGCUGAAAAACUAUAUUUGCGAUCUAUAGCAAUUGGGAAGAAACUAUUUGGUGAAGGCUACAGUGGACUAGAAUAUGAUUACCGAGGCCUCAUUAAACUUUACAACUCAAUUGGAAAUUACGAAAAAGUGUUUGAGUAUCACAAUGUUCUGUCUAACUGGAACCGGUUGCGAGAUCGACAGUAUUCAGUGACCGAUGCCCUUGAAGACGUCAACAGCAGUCCCCAGUCCACCGAAGAAGUGGUGCAGUCCUUCCUGAUGUCUCAGAAUGUUGAGGGACCAAGCUGCUGAGGGACAGCCUCAGCUAACAAUUACCUUUUCCCAGAUUCCAGGGAAUUCAUACUGUGAAAUCAAAACCAUGUUGUUUUGGGGCUGGUAUUUGCAUUGAAACACUGGUCCAGUCCAUUGAAGACCCUAUUUCGGGUAGUCCUGUAUUGCAGUUCUUGUAGAAUAAGCAUAUAUUGAGUUAUAUCAGCAUGUGCCGCGUGUGUAAGUAGUCCCACAUUCUCACCCCAUUAGAACAACAGGAAACCUUUCCCCCCACCUUUUUAAAAAAAAUCAUUUUUCAGAAAGCCUGAAAGAAAAAAAAGACCCCCUAAAUAAAACUAUUUAAGAGUUUAAAAGAGUUGCAUUCUUAUUAUGUAAGGAUGAUUUUAACAACUUUUUUAACAUGAUUCUUCCAUGUGGAGGUAUCAAUACUGUAUUGUAAAGAAAUUUUAUGGAAAACUCUUUAUAUGCAGUAUAGAAAAGUAACACAGGUACUAAUAAAAGGGGGACAUCCUAAUGUAGACUUGGCUAUCUUUCCCAGAUCGGUGCAUACAGCCAUUCCAGAACUGUAUUUCAGGGAAGGACUGCUGUCAGAUUCAUCUAACUGGACCAGUGUUGAUCUGUCAGUCACAACACCAGGUGGACCAGCAGCUCAGCUCUUACUCUGUUUUUGGUACAAUAGUGAGAUGCCCUAACAGUGUUUGCUAACAGGACCAGAAGGCUCUAAAAGGGCCAGGCAACUGUGGAAGGUGGUUAUUUGGACCAGGGGCUUUAGGUUAUUAUUUUAGUCAAGUACUUGCCUUUUCCAAUAGAAUAUUUGCAGUUAGAUAGAAUGCAAAGUAUUAAAGCAAGAGUUUUAUUUGUAUCAUAGAUACCAAACUAUGGGAUUUGGGCAAUGUCAGUGGCAAAUCUUUAGUCAAGGUACAUAGAUGGCAAUGUCGUAAGCAAGUCUGUAACUUCUAUUGCGGCCACCCUUUUUUUAAUAUUUGCCCUAAUACUCCAUGUUGCUAACAGACAUACUGGCUAAGAGUCAUGAAAUAACUCAUGUCCAGAUGACAAUUUUAGGUUUACUAUAUGUUUGUGAGGAUUAAGAAGACUGAAUGCACAAAAAUAAGUCUUAGAAAAUCCUUAAUUUUUACGGAAGUUAAUAGUACAACUAGUCAUUUUAACUGAAACCCAGGAGUCGCGAGUGGACAGAUCCUCCACUGUAAUGUCUGACUUUCUAAUUGUUUAAAGCUGGCCAGGUUAUUUAAUGUGGAGCUAAUACUCAAUUCCUGAGUUAUGACAUGUAACAAAAAGGUCUUUUGCUGUUACCUCAGUUCUUAGCACAGUGGCCCGUCUGGUGCCUCUAUAGUUAAAAAGUCUGGGCUUCUCCCCUAACGGCUCCUGACUUGGCUAUUAGACACCCUGCUUCUGACAAUGCUUGGAGUAGUUUGUAGAUUGAGUGAGUGUGUGUCAGAUUCUGUUCUUUAGCAUGCUUGUUGGUAAGGGGAAAACAAAGUUAUCAUGUAGAGUAUAGAAACUUCAGAAUUUAUCAAACAUUUUGAACUUCCCGGUUUUAACUUUGUUUGAAACUGCUAUUUGCAGUCUUAGUGAUAAGCCAGUGCAUUUAGGUCCUUAGGAAGGAACUUACUGAGGCUGUACCCGAGUAGAUGAGGCAAGCUCACACCCUAAGAUUACAGCUUUGAAUUCAGAGAUGAAUUUAUUCAUUCCUCUAACUGAAUUUCUCUAUAAAUCCUUCAAAGAAUAAAUCAGCACACUUGCAAUUUGUGCAGCUGGUUCCUCCAGUUAAUUGCAGUCUGUUGUUCAGUGGCACCCUUUACUACCAAGUAGGCUUUGUGACCAGGAGUGGCAUUUCUAAGUUACCCAGCUCCAGCUGCACGGGCCUGUAUGUUUAAUACCUCCAAAGAUAUUGUCAAGGUAGGCUUUGUAUACUAUUAUUGGCCAUUUAGAGCCCUGUGGUAUGUUUGUGGUAUAGGAAUGUCGUGCUAAAUUGUUUUCCAAUAAAUAUUUUGAAAUUGAAGUUUCCACAUGAAUUAUUUUUAUUUAAUCUGAAUUUUUGGUCUUAUACAUAUACAACAUGUUGUAUGAUCAGAUAACUUAAGGACUCAUCCUCCUUAACUCAGUUUAAGCUUAACUCAUACUUGGUGAUAGAGUAACAUGUUUAGAAGCCUGUGGUCACAGGGUGAUAAUGUCAGCUGACAACCAGCUCCUACCCCAGCAUCAUUAUUGCCAAGUUUCUCCAUCUUACCGGUCCUUUAAUGCAGUUUUCUCUAAGUUCAUAAAAAUUAAUGCCUGUACUCUAGCAAUCUGUUUAGUAUUUUUGUUGGGGGGUUGUUUGUUUUGGGUUUUGUUUUUGUUUUCUUGUUUGGUUUUGAUUUUCAUGACAGGAUUCCUCUGUGUAGCCCUUGUUGUACUGGAACUCGGAUCUGUAGAUCUGCCUGCCUCUGCCUUCCGAGUGCUGGGAUUAAAAUUGUGCACCACCACCGCCUGGCACAAGUGGUAUGACUUGAUAUGUCCUGAUUCUACUGAAAAAGUAAUUCCCCAAUAAUUUCAAGUGUAGGAUUUAUCCCUUUAGCAAGAAUUUUUAGGAUGAGGAAGUAAGGAAUGCCACCAUGAUUUGAAUUUUAAAAUUAAAGCAGGGUAUGUCUGUAAUCGCAGUACUCGGGACACUGAGGCAGGAAGAUACUAAAUUCCAAGCAGAGAAAAAAAUUUCAAAGGAAAAACUGAAUAAAAUUUACCUCACAAUAAUCAAUAGCUUGCAUGAAAUUUUAAGUAAGAGCCUAUGAUCUCACCCUCCCCUGAAUUCUCUUUUUCCUAACCCUGGUGCUACUCCAGUUGGGGGUGCUGGGUAGCUUGUGCAUAUGACACAGGUGAGUCACUUGCAUUCAGUGUAAUAGCGCCAACUGAGGUUUUCUUGCAUGGUACUUAUGGGUCCUCAAAUGAGACGUUGUCUUGGGAAUUGGACUGUUUCUCCAUCAAAUCUACAUUCUUUUGUUAAAAAAAAAAAAAACCAACUCAACAGUGCCCUGCCAGGUAUUCCUGCGUUGUCCUAAACCAUGAGAAGAGUUGAGAGUCAUUAAUUUCAGGAAGCUGCUAAGUGGCGCAAGAUUUAAUCACAACUACUCUUGCAGAGGCUAAGAUAGGAGAAUCACUUAAUAGCCAGUGAGAUCCUGUCUCAGGAAAUCCAGUGAAAGUGCAGCCCCUACAAGCUUCAAGUCUUGAGCCCACCAUUAAGCUUGUCUUUACAGUUCAAACAGCUGAGCCUAAAUAUGAUGCAAGCUUUGGCCAAAACUUUGAAAAUUCAAAGCAUGAUUUGCUAAGUAGCAUGUGUUGUUAACUGCCACUUAUUUUUUUUUUUAUGUUUUCCCCUUGGGUUUUUGGACUUGCUGCUUCCAGUCUUCUUUUUCUGGGUUAGCAGAGUUACUACUGGAAAAAUUCUUAUUUAUAAUUACUGAAUUUUUAAGAGUUUUAUUUUUGUUUUAAAGAUUAACACUUCUUUUGCCUCUUGGCCUUUAGAGGACUUCAAAUUACCUGAAAAAAAAAAAAGAAAAAUUUAUUUUAAAUAGAACAUUUGAAGUAGUCUACAGAUUUUAAGGGUAGUAGUUCCUUUGUUUCCAAAUCUCAGGAAUGUUUUAGGCAGAAAACGGCUUUUAUCCUGGUGGUGAUUUGAAGGCGUGUGUUGUAGGAUUCUUAACACUGUUAUUUGCAGUUCUAGGUAUCUAUAGCAUGAGUGGCCUUAAUGAGUUUGUUGAAGUGCACAUGUUUUUCGAAAGUAAAAUUUAUGAUUAAAUAUAUAUGCUAUAUAUAGAUAUCUAGAAAUCUUGGUUGUGGUGCACAAAGUGUUGGAUCACUGAAUCGCAGGUAUCAUUUGUAUGACAUCACUCGUUUCUGUAUAUUCCUUUUAUGGGAAAAUAUGUUGCCAUGGUGACUAAAAUUUUUCAAUUUAGUUUUACUUUUAUUACGUGAAUGAAUGCUACAUUUUAUUAAAUAUUACCAGGUCAGUACUAUUUUUAUACCUUAUUAAGCAACAGGAGUUAUAGUUUAAUAGGCUCAAAAAAAACCCUUAAUGGAAUAAUUACAAAUGAAUCACUAACAUUCUUUACAGACAAAUCCCCACUACUAGUGCCACAGGAAUUUCUAUGGAAAUAUCUAAGGUCAUUAAUAGAUUCUGAAAACAGUUCAUUGAGUCAGACAACCUUUCAUACCAUUCUCACCUACUUGUAGCGCCCACUGUUAUUUGUAACUAUAAAACCACACUAAGUAUGUUUGUAACCAGCAUUGUGAUAUAUUCUGUACUUGUAUUGCUAAAUGAAUUAUUGACCUAAUAAAUAGUGUUCCUGCA